AUCUUAAACUAUAGGCUGAAGUCCACUUGCUUCUUUUUUUUCUUGCUUUUCUUUUUGGUAAAUCAAGAACAUCAAAACAAUCGAUCAAUGUGCUAAAACAAAUCACAAGAUCUCUUUUUUAUUAAUUACCCAGUUCCCACAUUUAUCUCCGGUGAACCUCCUUAACCAUCUCCGACGUUUUUUUUUCUUUAAAAAAAUUAAAAAAAAGCUUGAAAGUAGUAUUAAUGGAGAUAAUUGUAGCAGCAACAAUUAUAUUGGGUUUUCUAUUACUCCUUCUCUUUGUCACCCCACGAUUUAUCAAACCCAGUCAAUCCAAUGAAGCUUCAAAUAGUAACACCAAAAACAUCUCCAAGGGUCCUAGAAGAUAUACUAAAGCCGAAGUCUCGUUGCACAACAAAAGGACUGAUUGUUGGGUCAUCAUCAAAGCUAAGGUAUAUGAUGUAACUUCAUAUGUGGAGGAGCACCCGGGUGGUGAUGCUAUUUUAACGCACGCUGGGGAUGACUCAACUGAAGGGUUUUAUGGGCCACAGCAUGGUACACGAGUAUUUGACAUAAUAGAAGAUUUCUGCAUUGGAGAAUUGGAACAAUGACAGAACCUAUGCAACCAAUUAACUGUUUCAAGUUCUUGGUUGAAAACGAUUUUUUUCGCUUAGGCUCUUCUCCUCCAACCGGCCAUUACUUCUAUCAUCUGCAAGUUCUUGAAUCUUGAUGUAAUAUUAAAGUCUAUCAGGAGUAGGAUAUAUUCAGUUGACAGAUUCAAUGUCUUUUAUCAAAAUCUAGGAAUUGUGAACUCUUUCAAGACAUGGGUGGCUGAGUCCAACUCCAUUGACGAAUGCUCCUUUGGGAGAAUUUGAUUAGGAUAGAAAAAUUGCAAGGAUCUUGCUAACGAGCGCUUCAGUAAUUUAGAUUAUCAUUCAUUUUAGUUCCAAAUUUGGUAUAAACUUUGGAAUAUGUGUCAAAAUCAUAAGUUUUUUAUCGGUGCAAUUAAUGUUUAUUUUGUUUUAA